CAGGUUAACGUCUAGAAUGACGACAAGGAAGUUCAUUGUUAUAUAUGAGAAUUAAAGAGAUGGCAGGUGUUGAUCAGGUUUUGAAGCAGGCAUUGAGAAAGUACAAGCAUGCAGACAUUGCGAAGACAGACGUAACUAAUGCAAUGUGUCACUUUAAAGAUCUCUGCCCAUCGUAUGACUGUUUUACUUUCAAUGAUGGCACAAGAAAAGACCUGCUCAAUUUGGAUGGAACGAUUCCUGUCCAGUACAAAGGUAGGGUAUACAACAUUCCUAUCGUGAUCUGGAUUCUGGACAAAUAUCCUUAUUAUCCACCCAUAGUGUUUGUGAAUCCCAACAGCAUGAUGCGUAUAAAACCUGGACGUAAUGUCGACCCAAAUGGAAAAGUGGAUCUACCAUAUCUUCAUAACUGGAGAUAUCCCCAGUCGGAACUGCUAAUACUGGUCCAGAUUCUGGUUCUUGUGUUUGGAGAAGAACCCCCAGUGUUUUCCAAAGCUGUUCCUAAAGCACAACCCCAAUCCCCUUACCCCGGGGCCGGUCAAUUUCAGACGCCUUACCCAAUGCAAGGGUCAACUGAUCAUUUAACCCAAACUCCAGUAAAGGAACCUCUUUUCAGUGCCCAAGACAUCUUACUCUGUGACUUGUGUCAAACAGAUGCAUUACAGAGUUAUUGUGAACUUUGUAAUGUAAACCUCUGUAUAAACUGUGUUGGAAAACAUCUGUCUGAUUCGUCUAAAAGACAUAACGUUGUACCAUACAGACACAAAACCUCUACACCUCACUACCCAAAAUGUUCAAAUCACAAGCACAAAAAUUGUGAACUUUACUGUGAGAAAUGUAAAAUUCCCGUCUGUACUUCCUGCCUCUCCUCUCGAAAACACAAAGGACAUAAUUUAUCUGAUGCGUUGCAGAAACUCAGCUCAACUCAAAAAAAGUAAACUUGCGAACAUACUACAACUGUCACCAAAUAUGGAUAGGUGUGGCAUAGAGAAAUUGACAUCAUUGUCAAUUACAAACAGGACUCCAAUGAUAUUUCUCAAACCCACAAAUCCAGGAAUGCUUAAUUCAGAAGUUUACCUCCAUAUGUUAAGGUUCUCUCAUAAUCAGAUCAACAAUGAACAGUUCCAUGGAGAUUGAAUACUGUUCGUUAUCUCAAUAUCCUUCUUCCAUAAAGUGAUCAGACCCAAAGGGUUCAUACCUUACCAUGUAAAGUUAAGGUAUUCAAUGUAUAACGACCAUAUUUUGUACCUUAUAAAUGAAUGGUCCGAUAUUCCUAAUCAUGGUAACAUUUUGAAGAUGUUAUCAAAUAAAUACGCUCCAUCAAAGGAUUUUUACAAAAUUUUGAUUAUUCUUAUCUCCAAUUAAUUGCACCUUGAAUUUUACAUUGAAGUCUAUGGGCAACGCAGGUUUUUAUAAGAUAUUGUAAAAAGUAAUUUGAAUUUCAAAGAAAUCUCUUGGUGAAAAUAUACAUAAACUCUCUUUAAUCAAAUAUUAAAUAAAAUGAAUUAUUUACCGCACAAAUUUUGAGAAAUCAAAAAUUUUCUUCUUUUGCUCAAGGACAGAUAACUCUUCAAAAACUUUUAAUGUGCAAAAUGACGGUCUCCUUACAGGUUAUCAGUCUUGUGAAUUUGGUUCAUGUCACUUUAAUCGUUAUCUAGCAAUGCAUUUUUAAUUAGUUUAAAAGUAUUUAAAAUCGUUCAAAAGCCCUUCAUUAUACAUCGAAUACCUUAAGGAAAUCCAAUACAUGUUAACAAUGUGUAAACAUAAACUGUUCGUAACUGUGAAAAUCUCUUUGUGGCUAAGUGAAAAAGAAUUGUGAAGAUAUUCCACUACUUGUAUAAAUUAAAGCACUGAUGUAUGAAAAAGGUUUUAAUUCUUGUAAAUUAAUGCUGUAUCAUUGUUAACAAGAGUCAAAACUGCAGUCUUGUAUGAUGAGUCAAAAUGAAUCUUUAUUUUUUAGUCUGGUGUGGUUAUAAUAUGUAUAAUCGGAAUCAUUUCAUAAAAAUAACUGUACUCUUGUAUAUAAAUACAAUAAAGAUAUAUUAUAUCAUAUCAGAA